AUGGCUAACACGCCACGUUUCGACUUUCGCGAACUCAGCAGCGCAGGGCGCGACGACAGUAUUUCAACUUCCGUGGACCCACCUUCAACAACCGGCAUAUCAACCCAGCAAUCUCGAGAAUCGCGACAUGAAUCUGCGGCGGCGCAAAAAAAUCCCGGACGACAUGAAGGCAAGGCGGCCUCGGGUGGCAGUGGCAUGUCUGGAAGACGCAAUGAGGACGACAAUGCGAUGACACUUUGGGAUCGGCCAGCGUCAGAGCUUCUACUUGCUUCAAGCGACCAUAGCGAUAACGAGUUUGACGCCGAAGAAUUCGCAUUGCCAAUCGCUCUGGCACGAGCUGGCCUGCAAUCGUCACGAACAUACGGCAUUUCAACUGGCCUCCGCGCGCAAUGGACAGGUAUCAUGCAACAUCCCGGGUCAGGAUCACCCAACAAAGUCCGACGUGUGGAAAAGCUCACCCGGGCUCGCUCGCACCGACUUUGUCACAAAUGUAACACUGAAUUUGGCUUGCAAGAACUCUGCAAGACUUGUGGUCAUACUCGCUGCAAGGAGUGCAAGAAACGGCCGUCAUCAUCCAGGCCUAUUGAAGUGGUGACAGACUCGACUCGAGUUGUCUCUCAGCAAUACUUUGACGUUCCCUCUGACGAGACAAUCAAAAAUUCUGUGCGCGCAGUCCAGAGCAGUCCUGACCUCGCACAAAGUGCUCGUCCUACAUUGUCCUUGGCAGAGCUCCAGCCCACCAUCACUUCCAAAUCCAUCAGUCACGCAGAGUCGUCUCGCAACACGCAAUCCUGGCUGCAAAACUUAUCACCGCCGCCAGAAUUAAAUCCACUUCCACGAUAUUCCUCUGUCAGGAUGACCACAACACUAUCGAAAAUCAGCAAUCCAGAAAGCACAUUUUUGUUAAAUCACGACGACGAUCAUAUUGUGGCACCUCAAACCCUGAAGCACUAUCGAAAUUUCUCCAGUGCAUCCAACGAUUUACAACCUAUGUCUCCUACAGGAUCCGUCACACCAUCAUCGUUUUCCUUGGCCUCGGCGAGAGCUGGGGAUUCCAACGCAUCACAUGUCGAAAACCCUCGCGUUUUCCGUCGGGCCCGGCACCAAGUGCGCUUCAUCUGCGAGCAAUGCAGAACUGUCUUUCCGACUCGGCAUGAGAUGCAUUGUCAACAAUGUGGGCAUGCGCGCUGCAACGAAUGUGUGCGUGAUCCGCCUCUUCGUCCUUCCAUGUCCGAUGUUCCCAUCAUCGAGCUCCCUUCGAUCGAGAUCAUCACGCAAGGAGAGUCACCACCAACGCAGGACACGGCGGCUGCGAUUACAUGA